UUUUUUGGCCUCCUUGGACUUUGGUCUCCUCCUAGUACAAUCUAAUCUACAGGUUGUCAGAGACACACACAAGAUAAAAACCAGAUUCAAACUCUAUCUAAGAGCAAACUUAAUUCAGAAUGGAGAAUAUGGAGUCUGUGAGCAAUGAAGAGGGAAGGACUGAUCAGUUUCCGGUGGGAAUGAGAGUCCUUGCUGUGGAUGACAAUCCAACCUGCCUCCGAAAACUUGAAGAGUUACUGCUUCGAUGCAAGUAUCACGUGACAAAGACGAUGGAGUCAAAGAAAGCUUUGGAAAUGCUGAGAGAGAAGAGCAAUAUGUUUGAUUUGGUGAUAAGCGAUGUAGAGAUGCCUGACACAGAUGGAUUUAAGUUGCUUGAGAUUGGUCUUGAAAUGGACCUUCCUGUCAUCAUGUUGUCAGCGCAUAGUGACUACGACAGCGUUAUGAAAGGGAUAAUCCACGGCGCGUGUGAUUAUCUAGUCAAGCCCGUUAGCCUCAAGGAGCUUCGGAACAUAUGGCAGCAUGUUGUGAAGAAGAACAUUGGCUCAUACAAAAAAAUCAUCGCCCCCUCUCGCCACCUACUCCCUACUUCUGAAUACGCCCCAAGCGGCAGCGGGAAACGGAAAGAGAAGGCUGAUGACAGCGGUGAUGGAGAUGAUGACAGUGAUAGAGACGAGGAAGAAGAUGGGAGUGAACAAGAUGGAGAUGAGUCAUCCAACAGGAAGAAGCGUCGUGUUGUUUGGUCACAGGAGCUUCACCAGAAGUUUGUCCAUGCCGUUCAGCAAUUGGGCCUUGACAAAGCCGUUCCCAAAAAGAUACUUGAUUACAUGAACAUAGAAGGUCUCACGAGGGAAAACGUAGCCAGCCAUUUACAGAAGUACAGACUCUACUUGAAAAAGCUAGACGAAGGUCAGCAGCAUAACAUGUCUCAAGAUGCAUUUGGGUCAAGAGACUCAUCUUACUUUCACAUGGCUCAGCUUGAAGGACUAAGAGACUAUUCUUCCACAAGACAACUCUCAAGCUCAUCCCUCUUAACCCGCUCCAGUCUCACCAAGUUCCAUCCCUCCGUGUAUUCAUCGGUAAAUCUUCAAGGAUCUAACUCCUCCAGCUUCAUCCCACCGGGGCAUCAUCAGAGUUCAAGCAGCUCAGCUAAUCCAUUCGGAACAUAUCACAGUCCUCUCUUGGCAAGAUCUCAGAACGUGAAUCUCUCUCCGCUAGAGCCACUCCAGUUUCCUAGAAGCAAGUGUUCUCCAUACAUGGGGGACUUUAAAGGCAUAGCGGACCGAGGAAUCAGCAGCAGCUUCCUUGAUUCUCGGAUGUCAUUUGGCAGCUCUAGCACCUCUUUGCCUUGUGCUACAAGCAACAAUCUGAUGCUGCAAGAGAACUUUGGGGUCUCUGAUGGAAACCAGUCUUGCCUCAAUGGCUUAUCUAGUUUCCCUAGUCAUCAUAGCUGGCAAGGGAAUCUGAAAACAACAACUAGAUUCCCAUCACACUCUUUACCGCUGAAUCAUGCCUUUGGUCAAGAUCAAAUGACAUGUGGAGGGAUCGGUCUAGGAGAUUAUAACACCUCAUUGGUUUCUGCUGAUAGCCAUGUUGGAGUAUUGCAGUGUGAGCCUCCGUUUCUAGGUGACUUCAUGCAGAACAUGAAUACACAUAAAUGGGAGGAACAGAACUGCACCAUGAUGAACAACACAUUCGGUAAUGUUGACUAUCCCUUACCAGUGGAUAAUAAUAUGGUUUUUAGAGAUAACAACGCGACCAGAAGCAAAGGUGUGGAUGAUUCACUGAUGAUGAGUCCAAUAGAGGACAGUGCAACAACUCUCAACAGUAGAGAGUGUGUGGGAAACGUUACGAUGAUGGAUCCAGAGAUGAGGUCGUCGACGAAGCUAGAGAAUGACCUUGUUGACAACCAGCACGAUGUGUUCGAUGAUAUAAUGAAUGAGAUGUUGAAACAGGAUGAGAAUAAUGGAAUGGUGUCAGUGGCUGCUAGGUUUGGGCUUUGAUUCGUUUCCUCCGCCUUGGUUCCUGGUCUGUUCUAUGGGUUGCAUCAUUUUUUCUUCUAUUGUUGGAUACCAUUCAUUGUUGUUAUGGUUUCUUUUCCCCCACAUUGUUUCCUCUAAUUAAACCACACUGCACCAAACAGUUUCAUACUCUCUUUUGUCUAUUGG